AUGUAUCCACCUCCACCUCAUCAUCCAAGCACAGCAUAUCCAGAACCUAGAGAAACAGUACCACCACCACCAGCCCCAGCAGCCCCUGUUGCUGAAACACAGCAACCUAGUUCCUCAGGGGGAAUUAGAAUGAUCGCUAGUGAGCUGGGAGCAGAUGAUAACAGGGCAAUUGAGAUGGCAGGGUUCACCUUGAAGUGCAGGAAAGCUAGAGAGUGCUCUAGAGAAAGGAAGAUGGUGGAAUUUGAACGGUUGAGACAGGCAGAGGGAAUGAGUGUAGAUGAAUACACUGACAAGUUUUUGGAUUUGUUUCAAUAUGUAGGGCAAGCAUAUGAUACAGAGAAGAAGAAAGCGAGGAGAUACGCUAUGAGACUACACCCUAAGUAUUCUUCUUUGAUCCUGGUAGCGGAUAAAGAAAGUUUUCAUUCGAUUGUGGAUGCAGCGAGAAUGAUGGAGGCUAGUGCCAGUUUUCAAGAGGCAGAUAAGCCGCAGGUAGCCCAGUCCUCCGGUUCUAAAGCUCCGGGUGUAGCUAGUUCAGGGGAUAAGAGAGGAGAGAAGGGUAAAGGAAGGAAGGGCAGAUUCUGGAGCAGAAUGAAAUCCGGUUUAGGCAUGGGUAGAAGCUCAGGUUUUAGCGCUGACAGACCAGUGUGCCCAAGCUGUGGAAAGCAACAUGGAGGAGUUUGUUUGAAGGGGUCUACAGCCUAUUACCGAUGUGGACAAGAAGGGCAUUUAGCAAGGCAGUGUCCUAACAUGACCUCUGGGACAUCAUCACAGCAGGUGACUUCUGGGAGUGUGGCACAGCCAGCCGCUCCAGUUGUACCCCAGAGCAGCAGCAGAGAGACAGGGUAG